UCACUAGACUUAAGAAAGGUCGUGGAGAAACUAGAGGGAAAGGUCUUGAAAAAAUGAAGAAGACUUUGGGAAGCAAGAUGAAAAUAGAAAUUCCACUGGGCAAAGGAAGGCCAACUAAACCAGAUCAAUCAGCAAAACUAUCCAAUGAGUUAGGGAUAAUUGCUCGAAACUUUCUAUUUCUUCCAAACAAGUGGAAGGAACUCACAAGAGAGGACAAAGAUGCAGCACUAAUUAGAUGUCACGAGAGGUUUGAGAUUAAUUUGGAUGAGCAUUACGUGAAAGAUAGUUGCCAGGAUAUUCUGAAAAAUAGAAGCAGGCAGUGGCGUUACAAGUUAAAACAACUAUUCGAAAGUGCACACUCCGAGGAAGAAGCUCGUAAAAUUGAAAAACGAUGCGACAUAAACAAGGUCAAUAGAACUAAGCUUAAAUCUAAUCAUUUCAUGGGGUCAAAAGCGUUUGUAGCGGCUCGUGCUGAAAUGGGAUAUGUAAAAGGCCUUGGUUAUGGUCCAAAACUUAAUACUACAAGAGCUACACAAAGGAGAACGGUAGAGUUAGAAGACUCUCUCAAAAAGGCGAAACAAGAAGCUGCUAGUGUCCAACAUGACUUACAGAAACGAUUAAAUGCAGCUGAAACUGAGGUAGAAAACCAACAGUCGCAGAUACUAGACCAGCAAUCUCAGAUUCAAGACCAACAGUCACAAAUAAAAGCAUUAAAUUCUCAGUUGGACACUGUAGUAGCACGCCAAGAAGACAUGUUUAGGAAGAUACAACUCUUUGCUCACUCAUCGCCAUCAAGCGCUCCAUCAGAAGGCUGACUUAAGGUAUA